AUGGUCGGCGCACCCAAGGCGCACGCUCGCGGCAACUCCUACACCUCUUCCACGGCGUCGCGACCCGGUUCGACUACCUCUCGACCAACGACCGGUGCCUUCUCGAACACCAUGAGCUAUGGCUCGCGUCCUGCGUCCGCGCUGUCCCGUCCCCAGACAUCCUUCGGUACUCGCAAACUCCACGGAUCUUCGACGUCAAUGUCGCGACCCGCUACUUCGUUGGAUCACCACGCCGAUGACAAUGCAGGAAGUGUACUAGGAAAACGCAAGGGUAUGCCAUUGUCUAUUUUCUCCCAGUCUUGCAGUUCCUCCUGCCCCAUUGGACCCUUGGAUUCGCGCCUGCAUACCUCACGCCUCGAUGGAUUUCGUUCAGUGUCAACCUCUGGCGUGGACAACAAUCCCUCGGCGGUGGAGGCCCCAAGGAUAAAUAUGCAGGUAGCCGUCACUCCUAUUCCUUCUUCCCUACAUACCCGUGGAAAAUCAAGCGAUGCUGGUCCCAUGGAAUCUACACCAGCGAGACCUGGCCAGCGGUCCAAAUUUCCCAUUUUUACCCCAUCCAAGCCCGUUCAGCCACCUUCCGGUUCCCCCCUGAGAAAGUCCUCCAAAAGGGCUCCCAUCCCGUUGUUCCUUUCAAAAGAAUCCACAGUAACAAAUUUUAACCGUCCAUUAGAUUCCGAGUGGGAUCAGGAAAUGAAAGAAAAGACCAUGGAGGAGAUCAUGGCCCGUGUCUUCUCUCGCGUCAAUCAGUCUGGACAGGAAAGCCAAGGCCUGAAAGAAGCCGUGGAGGUGUACAAGGCCAGAAUCUACGAGCUUGAGGCUUCUAGAGAUGGACUAAACCAGACUAAUAUGAAACUGCGGGUCGAGAUGGAUUCACUGAACCAACAAUUAAGCGCAGCAGAGAACUCAUUGAAAGAGGCCCUGCGGGACCAGGAGAUCGCCAUGGACGACCUGGACCGACGUCAGCGAAUAGAGAUGGAAUCAAUCCGACAAGAGAGCAAGAAAGAGGUCGAAGCAUUAAACACUCGUCACCAGGAUGAUAUUCGAAGCCUGAAAAGAAAAUUCGAAAGCGAAAUUGCGGACGAAAAGGCCGCACGAGUACGAGAACUCGGCCAACUGACCUCGCAAUCUGCCUUGGAUAUUCAGAAAUCCGAAAUUGAGUUGGACAACAAGACUCGUGAAAUUAACGCUGCACUGGCCCAGAUUCAGGCCAUGAAAGCCGAAUUGGAACGCGAACGAAAAAUGACCCAUGACCUUCGACAUAACUUGGACACCGCCAGCACCAAUAGUGUCACCUUGGAAUCAACGAUCCGAGCUUUGAAGGCCCGUAUCGAGUUCUUGGAGGGAGGCCGAGAAGAACAAUCCCAAGCCUUUGAGCAAUGCAACCAGGCGAUGAUGGAUGCUCUAGCUGAGACCGAGGCAACCAAGGAGAAACUGCGCAGGGAAGAGACGCUACGCCGAAAACUCCACAAUCAAGUACAGGAACUCAAAGGCAACAUUCGUGUCUUCUGUCGUGUCCGACCAGCUCUCAACAGUGAACCACCCUCUGCCAUUGCUCCGAUGCAGUACCCCGACGAGUCGGAAGAGGCCAAGGAGAUUAAUGUCAUGGGCCCUGAAGAAAGAAGUAGUCUGGGCACCGUCUCGCGCAAGAACAACAAUUUUGCCUUUGAUCGGGUGUUUGGUCCAUCGACGAAUAACGGCGAGGUCUUUGAUGAGAUCAGCCAAUUAGUCCAGAGUGCAUUGGAUGGCUACAACGUGUGCAUCUUCUGUUACGGUCAAACUGGUAGUGGUAAGACCCACACCAUGUCCUCUCAGGACGGUAUGAUUCCGCUUGCCGUGCACCAGAUAUACGAGACGGCUCAAAGUCUGGAGGAGAAGGGCUGGCGAUACUCGAUGGAGGGUAAUUUCGUUGAGGUCUACAACGAGAAUCUGAACGACCUUCUCGGCAACCCGGAUGAACUCGACAAGAAGAAGCAUGAAAUCCGUCAUGACAUGCAGCGGGGCAAGACCACCAUCACUGAUAUCACCACCGUCCGGCUGGACUCGCCGGAGAUGGUUGAGUCUAUUCUCACAAGUGCGGCCGCAAACCGCUCCGUGGCGGCCACCAAGGCUAACGAGCGCUCUUCGCGGUCACACUCUGUGUUCAUCCUGAAGCUGAUCGGCGAAAACCAUAUCACUGGAGAGCGCAGCGAGGGCACUCUCAACUUGGUUGAUCUGGCUGGAAGUGAACGCCUCAGCCAUAGUGGUGCCACAGGAGAGCGCCUCAAGGAGACCCAAAAUAUCAACCGCAGUCUCAGCUCGCUCGGCGAUGUUAUUGCUGCUCUUGGCCAGGGCAAAGAUGGUGGACAUAUUCCGUACCGCAACAGCAAGUUGACCUAUCUCCUCCAAUUUUCCCUUGGUGGCAACUCCAAGACGCUCAUGUUCGUCAUGGUCAGCCCGCUACAGGCACACCUGUCCGAAACCUUGACAAGCUUGAAGUUUGCCACGAAGGUGCAUAACACUCACAUCGGCACUGCAAAGCGCCAGGCGCGUGUCCGCGACUCUUGA